AUGCGCGAGCUGGAUGCCAGCGGUAAUGUCGACCUUCGCAUGGACCGUCCCAUCGUGCUCCAUGACGUGAACAAGCCAAUGCGCACGAGCCGCCGUGCGAACAUGGCCCAUCACCUCUUCCCAGCUCUUGAAGUAGAUGACCGCAGCGUGGAUGGGGCGUGGCCCGGGGAGCGGAGUAGAGGCAAUAGUCAACACACCGACAACGCAAUGCGUGGUGGUAACCCUGCCAGUAUCGCACCCGUUUCAGAACAUAUUACACGUUCUAGAGCAGGUGCUGCUGGCAGGGCUGGUAAUGCAGCCUCUGUAGAUCAGACUGCUGUUUCGCCGCACCCUUCUGCAACAACAAAGCGUACAGAGAAGCGUGGAUCUGAUCCUAGAAACAACGACACUGCCUUGGUUCAAGAUGGCAGCACUCGAGUUGUAAUGUCCGCAAAGACACGUAAUCCCACUAGUAGUCGAUGUGCAACCUCGGGUGUGCGGCUGCACCAGGCUCGUCAGAGUUCGAAUUCCAUGGAUAUUGACCCUGCUCCAGUCGACAUCCCUCAGAGUAGCAGGUCAAAGGAGAAGCGGAAGCGCAGCCAGUCAACGAGCGCGGACGCAUUGCCUGAUCAGGAAGUAUAUGGUCUGCAACGGGACGCGUCACUUUUGCAGGAGGGUCCCCUCGUGUCCUAA